AUGGUCAAGGACACCAAAUUCUACGACGUCCUCGGCGUAUCGCCCGAUGCCACCGAAGCGCAGCUGAAGUCGGCGUACCGCAAGGGCGCCCUCAAGCACCACCCCGACAAGAACGCACACGACCCGCAAGCCGCAGAGAAAUUCAAGGAGAUCUCGCACGCAUACGAAACCCUCUCCGACGCUCAGAAGCGUCAAAUCUACGACCAAUAUGGUGAGGAAGGCCUCGAACAGGGUGGCAUGGGCGGCGGCGGUGGUGGAAUGGCCGCCGAAGAUCUCUUCGCACAAUUCUUCGGAGGCGGCGGUGGCGGCGGCGGUGGAUUUGGAGGAAUGUUUGGCGGUAUGGGAGGCCGUGAUGCCGGCCCGAAGAAGGCGCGCACUAUCCACCACGUACACAAAGUGUCACUCGAGGACAUCUACCGCGGCAAGGUCAGCAAGCUCGCGCUGCAAAAGUCCAUCAUCUGCCCCAAGUGUGAGGGUCGCGGCGGUAAGGAGGGCGCAGUCAAGACGUGCGCGGGAUGCAAUGGAGCGGGUAUGAAGAUGAUGAUGCGCCAGAUGGGACCMAUGAUUCAGCGCUUCCAGACCGUCUGCCCCGACUGCAAUGGUGAAGGCGAGACAGUACGCGACAAGGACAAGUGCAAGGAGUGCAACGCCAAGAAGACGGUCAUUCAGCGCAAGGUAUUGCACGUGCACGUCGACCGUGGUGUGCAGUCGGGAACGAAGAUUGAUUUCCGCGGCGAGGGAGACCAGAUGCCCGGCGUGCAGCCAGGUGAUGUGCAAUUCGAGAUUGAGCAGAAGCCGCAUCCGCGUUUCCAGCGCAAGGGCGACGACCUCUUCUACCACGCCGAGGUCGACCUCCUGACCGCCUUGGCUGGUGGUGCCAUCUACAUUGAGCACCUUGACGAGCGGUGGUUGACUGUUGAGAUCAUUCCAGGCGAGGUCAUCUCACCGAACGAAGUCAAAGUCAUCCGCGGCCAGGGUAUGCCUUCAUACCGCCACCACGAUUUCGGCAACCUGUACGUCCAAUUCGAAGUCAAGUUCCCGGAGAAGCUUACCGGCCCGCCCGACGCCGACGGCUACCCAACUGCCAUGGGUCCAGAGCAGGUCAAGAUGCUCGAAAGCGUGCUCCCACCCCGCCAGCCACAGAACAUCCCACCACCAGAUGCCAUGACCGAGGACUACAGCUUGGAGAAGGUCGACGCAAGCGAGGGCCGGGCUGCAAGAGCGACGGAUGAGGAUGAAGAUGAGAUGGGUGCUGGAGGAGAGAGAGUCCAGUGUGCUAGUCAGUAG